UGCAGAUGCGGACAGUAACCAACCUCUCAGAAACAUGAACCCCGACUGGAGUGAACAAGACUGCCGCAGGAACGGGAACCGGGGACUAUUACAAGAUCCCACAGAGAGCCGUGCUAUACCUAAAUCUGAAACACAGGAGGGGUCAAGGAUAGAAGCAGUUUACACACAAGAGGAGUCCUUUCACCAGGAGUGGUGUGCAAGUCUAAAGCAGGAUCCAGAGCUGAAAUGUGUUAAAGAUGAAGAGGUCUCUCGACUGGAAUGUGUUCCUAUUAAAGAGGAAUUCAUAAAACAGGAAUGUGUCCCCAUCGCAGAGGAAGAUCCUACUGAAAAUAAUGUCUGUACACUUGAGGAGAACAACAAGCUGGGAUCCAGCCUGCGUGAUGAUUGUCCACCUGAAUAUGAACUGGGAUUUAGAGGAAGAACCUCGCCGCCCGGAUCCCCGAUUCAGAACACAGAUCCCACAGAGAGCCGUGCUAUACCUGAAUCUGAAGCACAGGAGAGGCCAAGGAUAGAAGCAGUUUACACGCUAGAGGAGCCCUUUCACCAGGAGUGGUGUGCGAGUCUAAAGCAGGUUACAGAGCUGACAUGUGGUAAAGAUGUAGAGGAACAUGUUCCUGUUAAAGAGAAAAUCAUAGAACAGGAAUGUGUCCCCAUCGCAGAGGAAAAUCCUACUGAAAAUAAUGUCUGUGCACUUGAGGAGAACAAGAAGCUGGGAUCCAACCUGAGUAGUGCUUGUCCACCUGAAUGUGAACUGGGAUUUAGAGGAAGAACCUCGCCGCCCGGAUCCCCGAUUCAGAACACAGAUCCCACAGAGAGCCGUGCUAUACCUGAAUCUGAAGCACAGGAGGGGCCAAGGAUAGAAGCAGUUUACAAACUAGAGGAGCCCUUUGACCAGGAGUGGUGUGCGAGUCUAAAGCAGGGUACAGAGCUGGCGUGUGUUAAAGAUGAAGAGGUCCCUCGACUGGAAUGCGUUCCUGUUAAAGAGGAAUUCAUAGAACAGGAAUGUGUCCCCAUCGCAGAGGAAGAUCCUACUGAAAAUAAUGCCUGUACACUUGAGGAGAACAACAAUCUGGGAUCCAGCCUGCGUGAUGAUUGUCCACCUGAAUAUGAACUGGGAUUUAGAGUUUCUACAGGAGAACACGACUCCACUCCAUCACCCCACUGCAAAAACGCUUCCACUGGCAAACCACAGUGCAAGAAACACAGAGUGGUGACCCAAGAAGAACAUCUAAAGAAAUUGAAAACUUGCUUUGUUAAAAUUCAUUCUUUACAAGACAGACCACCACUUACUCUGCACAGUACAGAGACUGUAUAUUCUGUAUUUGUCAACAACUCUAAAACCCAGGGCAACUUGAAGACCUUGUCUUGUUCUACUAAAUGUGGGAAGAGUUCCCGUCAGUUAGGGUCUCAUAAAACUCACAAGAAAAAUCACAAAGGAGAGAAUCCAUUUCCCUGUGCUGAUUGUGGGAAGAGAUUCAAUAGUUUAUCAAAUCUGAAAACACACCAGCGUAUUCACACAGGAGAGAAACCUCAUUACUGUUCUCAAUGUGGGAAGAGAUUCACACAGUUAGGACAUCUUCAAUCACACCAGCGCAUUCAUACAGGAGAGAAACCAUACCACUGCAAUUACUGUGAGAAGUGCUUCAGUGAACUAGGGAGCCUUAAAAAACACCAACGCGUUCACACAGGAGAGAAACCUUAUCACUGUAAGGACUGUGAGAAGAGUUACACUCAGUUACAACAUUUGAAAGCACACCAGCGAAUUCACACCGGAGAUAAACCCUACCACUGUAAUGAAUGUGAGAAGAGUUUCAGUCAGUUACAAAAUCUUAAAAAACACCAACGAGUUCACACAGGAGAGAAGCCAUAUCACUGUAAUGAAUGUGAGAAGAGUUUCAAUCAGUUACAAAAUCUUAAAAAACACCAACGAGUUCACACAGGAGAGAAGCCAUAUCACUGUAAUGAUUGUGAGAAGAGUUUCAAUCAGUUAGAACAUUUAAAAACACACCAACGAGUUCACACAGGAGUGAAACCGUACCACUGUAGUGAAUGUGAGAAGAGUUUCAGUCAGUUACAAAAUCUCAAAAAACACCUACAAAUUCACACAGCAGUGAAACCCUGAAUGCUGGGAAAGGUUUCGUCUGGCAGGACGCAUUCAAAACCAGAAACUCUUAGCAAGACACAAACUGAAGAGAUUAAUGUGAUUAAAAAAAAACUAUAAUGCAUUUAGAGUUUAAAAAAAAAUCCUUUCCUAACAAAGACACCCCAGGCUCGUUUAUUGCAGAGGCUGCGUUUACACUUUGAAACAGACAAGAGGAUAACGUUACGGUCAGAGACAUCAGAGAUUGAAACAAAACGGACACAGUGUGAGGCACUACUUCACACCCUCGCUGGUAAGAGAGAGACAUGCCGAGAUGGUUAGCUUGUGGGGAAUCUUGCUUUUCAAAUACUCCACUGACUGAGAAUGCAAACAUUAAUUCAGCAAUGAACAUUUUCUCGUGAUUUUAUGGAGCACUAGUUUUUGUUGCGAAAGAAUAAACAUUGUUCUCAUUAUUCUGUGAGGAAUGAGGUUUGCUCAGAAUCCUUCACUCAGGCUUCAUCCCAGCGGUGGACACUUCGUGGGUAUUUAUCGUGAAACACCUUCGCUUACAUGGAUCUGUUUUUCAGUUCAGGUACCUGUUUCUAAAACAUGCAAAGAAUAAAAGUACAAUUAACUUUUAAUAUGUUUUAAUUUGAGUGCAUAUUUGUCUAAGUUUCAGUGUUAAAGUUACCGUUACGUUUGAACAAAAUACAUUUAAAAAA